UGCAUGUGCAACAUUUGCAGCCGGACAGAAACCUCUCCCAGGGCUAUGGAGACUGCGGGAAAAAUCCGGCUCAGCAGGAUGGAUUGCUAAAAAAAACCAUUUAAAAAUUAAAAGAAAGAAAAAAGGAAGGAGGGGAAAAAAACUCUUCUCUUUUCUCCCCCUCCCCUUUGAAUUCAUUUUUAUUCUUAAUUUUGUUUGUAGCCACCUCGUCCUGAAUGCCUCUCUGAGCAGCAUCUAGCGAGAGAGAGAGAGAGAAAAAAAGAGAGAGAUCAGGAGAUACAGAGAGGCAAAAGAGAAGAUGAGGAUUAUUUGCAGACAGCUUGUCUUCUUGUUUUCUGGCUUUUGCGGACUAGCAAUGGGAGCUUUCCCUAGCAGUGUGCAAAUAGGUGGUCUCUUCAUCAGAAACACAGAUCAGGAAUAUACUGCUUUUCGAUUAGCAAUUUUUCUUCAUAAUACCAGCCCCAACGCCUCUGAAGCACCUUUUAAUUUGGUUCCUCACGUAGACAACAUUGAAACAGCUAACAGCUUCGCUGUAACAAAUGCCUUUUGCUCCCAGUACUCUAGAGGAGUUUUUGCCAUUUUUGGACUGUAUGAUAAGAGAUCAGUACAUACCUUGACCUCAUUCUGCAGCGCCUUGCACAUCUCCCUCAUCACGCCAAGUUUCCCCACAGAGGGCGAGAGCCAGUUUGUGCUGCAGCUGCGACCAUCUUUACGGGGAGCUCUUCUAAGUUUGCUGGAUCAUUAUGAAUGGAACCGUUUUGUCUUCCUUUAUGACACAGACAGGGGUUACUCAAUACUUCAAGCUAUUAUGGAAAAAGCGGGACAAAAUAGCUGGCAAGUCAGUGCCAUAUGUGUGGAGAAUUUUAAUGAUGCCAGCUACAGGAGGCUUUUAGAAGACCUGGAUCGAAGACAAGAAAAGAAAUUUGUAAUAGACUGUGAAAUAGAGAGGCUUCAGAAUCUUUUAGAACAGAUUGUGAGUGUUGGAAAGCAUGUUAAAGGCUACCAUUACAUCGUUGCAAACCUGGGAUUCAAAGAUAUUUCUUUGGAGAGGUUUAUGCAUGGAGGAGCCAAUGUAACAGGAUUUCAGUUAGUAGAUUUCAGUACUCCUAUGGUAACUAAACUCAUGCAGCGCUGGAAGAAGCUGGAUCAGAGAGAAUACCCAGGAUCUGAUAGCCCUCCAAAGUACACAUCUGCUCUGACCUAUGAUGGGGUACUUGUGAUGGCUGAAACAUUCCGUAACCUUAGAAGGCAAAAAAUUGAUAUUUCACGGAGAGGGAAUGCUGGUGAUUGUCUUGCUAACCCUGCUGCACCAUGGGGCCAGGGGAUCGAUAUGGAAAGAACACUCAAACAGGUUCGAAUACAAGGACUGACCGGAAAUGUUCAGUUUGACCACUAUGGUCGCAGAGUCAACUACACAAUGGAUGUAUUUGAGCUGAAGAGCACAGGCCCUCGUAAGGUUGGUUACUGGAAUGACAUGGAUAAAUUAGUUUUGAUUCAGCAUGAACCUUCUCUUGGAAAUGAGUCAGCCAUUGAGAACAGAACAGUAGUUGUAACUACAAUUUUGGAAGCCCCAUAUGUUAUGUUCAAGAAAAAUCAUGAUACAUUUGAAGGGAAUGACAAGUAUGAAGGAUACUGUGUAGAUCUGGCAUCAGAAAUUGCAAAACAUAUUGGUAUCAAGUACAAAAUUGCCAUUGUCCCUGAUGGAAAAUAUGGAGCAAGGGAUCCAGAGACAAAAAUCUGGAAUGGGAUGGUGGGAGAACUUGUUUAUGGGAAAGCAGAGAUUGCUGUUGCACCUCUGACCAUCACUUUGGUACGAGAAGAGGUCAUUGAUUUUUCUAAGCCUUUUAUGAGUUUGGGGAUAUCCAUUAUGAUAAAAAAGCCCCAGAAAUCUAAACCAGGAGUGUUUUCCUUCUUGGACCCUUUGGCGUAUGAGAUCUGGAUGUGCAUAGUCUUUGCCUACAUUGGUGUCAGUGUGGUCCUGUUCCUAGUUAGCAGGUUUAGCCCAUAUGAGUGGCACACAGAAGAGCCAGAGGAUGGGAAAGAAGGACCCAGUGAUCAGCCUCCCAAUGAGUUUGGCAUAUUCAACAGCCUCUGGUUUUCCCUGGGUGCCUUUAUGCAACAAGGAUGUGAUAUUUCCCCAAGAUCCCUCUCAGGUCGCAUUGUUGGAGGUGUUUGGUGGUUCUUCACACUCAUCAUUAUUUCAUCAUACACUGCUAACCUCGCUGCUUUCUUGACUGUUGAGCGAAUGGUCUCGCCCAUAGAAAGUGCAGAAGACCUUGCCAAACAAACCGAAAUUGCAUAUGGAACACUGGACUCAGGGUCAACAAAAGAAUUCUUCAGAAGAUCAAAAAUAGCAGUGUAUGAAAAGAUGUGGACCUACAUGAAAUCGGCAGAGCCAUCAGUGUUCACUAGGACUACAGCUGAGGGAGUAGCCCGUGUUCGCAAAUCCAAGGGCAAGUUUGCCUUCCUCCUGGAGUCCACCAUGAACGAAUACAUUGAACAGCGAAAGCCGUGUGACACCAUGAAAGUGGGAGGAAAUCUGGAUUCGAAAGGCUAUGGAGUAGCCACACCCAAGGGUUCUCCAUUAAGAACUCCUGUAAACCUUGCCGUUUUGAAACUCAGUGAGGCAGGCGUCUUAGACAAGCUGAAAAACAAAUGGUGGUACGAUAAAGGUGAAUGUGGACCCAAGGACUCUGGAAGUAAGGACAAGACGAGCGCCUUGAGUCUCAGCAACGUUGCAGGAGUCUUCUACAUUCUGGUUGGAGGCUUGGGCUUGGCCAUGCUGGUGGCUUUGAUAGAAUUCUGUUACAAGUCCAGGGCAGAGGCGAAGCGAAUGAAGCUGACCUUUUCUGAAGCCAUAAGAAACAAAGCCAGAUUAUCCAUCACAGGGAGUGUAGGAGAAAACGGCCGUGUAUUAACUCCCGACUGCCCGAAGGCCGUGCACGCUGGAACUGCAAUUAGACAAAGUUCAGGAUUGGCUGUAAUUGCAUCGGACCUACCAUAAAAACCAAAAAAAUAAUUGAGUGCCUUAAUUAAACUGUGUUGGUGACUGAUGGGCACACAGCACAGACUAUAACGACAUAGGAGUGUCAUUGAUGAACUAAUAAUCGGGCUGAGAAUUGGGAAGUACAUCCAAAUGCGCCAGAUAUCAUCAGCAACAACGUGUGCAUGAGCUCAGCUCGGAAACCCAAACUCAGAUUUUAUAUCAGGAAAAUUCAUAAUUUAGUUUUGUUGGGGGGAGGUGGGCUGGGAUGGGUAUAUAUUAACAGCAACAAAUUUCACUUGAGUGGACUUAAAACUAAUAAGACUUGCCAAUUAGCGCAUCAAACUGUGAAGAACGUGCUCAGAAAGGACAACAUUUUGGUCUUUAUCUUGACAAAGUGGGGAAAAUAGCUAUAGAAGUCAAUGAACAUGCUAACCUGUGUCUCCAGAACAUCAAUAUAUACAAUGGAAGAAUAUCCAGCUGUGGAAACGAAUCACUAAACUGUGAUAAGAAAAUAAUAAAUAUGUAAAUCCUGUGAAAAAAUAAAGAAAUUAUUUACAUUUUCUUUGAAAAAAGAGGAAUAUUGAAACAUGCUUGCUUUUUAACUGAUGUAAAUUCGGUAGAGGACAACACAAUUCUUUUUUCUAACCAUCUUAGGGAACAAUUCAUUGCAAUAAUUGAUAUAAAAUGCCAUCACUGUAACAAAAUUCAGAGACUUUUUUUUAUAAAAGUUGUUGGUCAUCCUCUUGUUCGCUGUUACCUUCAUUCUGUUACAUCAUUCAGUGUUUCACAAAUUUGCAUCUGUCUAACUAAGAAAAACAAAAAAAAUGUUUAGAGUACAUCAUCAGUCUGCAGUGUAGAAUCAAAAGAGACUACGGGUCACUCAUGUUACAAAUAUUAUUUAUAAUCUUGUUCUGUGUAAAAAACUGUGGUUUUUGUACCCACCAAAAAGAAUAAAACAACAAACGUUCUUAUAUUAUUGACAGAGCUUGAGUUGUUUUCUGAUCAUUAGGAUUGCCAUCUGAAACAGCAUAAAGAAUGACUACAUUAUGAUUGACUUCUGCUGUGAAAUUCAGGACCAUGUGAGAUACAAUAUAGGUUCUUAUUACUUGCAUAUUUGUGAAGGGCUUUGAGAUCCUUGGAUGGAAGGCACCAUAAAAGUGCUAAAAUAUUAUUAUUACUGUUAUUAAUUAUUAUUACUUCUCAUUAGAGCUUUCAUUUCUGCUAUGCUAGUGGAGUGUUUCAGUGCCAGGAAUUGUUGUCUGGUUAAUAAAUACAUAUGAGAUGCUGUGGAGUAAAAAAGAUGGUUGGAGCAAUCUGCUACAGUCGUUGGUCAAAACUGUUAGAAUUGAAACAGUGGCUCCUGCC